UCCAACCGUUUUUCCAACAUUAAUUUUUUCCAUGGAGGAUUUUAGGAACACUUCAAAUAAGGGCUGUGGGUCGUGCAGGCUUACCCUGGCGUGAAGUUUGACAACCAUGUAAAUCUCUCUUGGACAACGUGAUUUAUAUCAAUAUAUUCGGCACUAUUUACGCUCAGAUUUGAAAAUGCUAAUUAGCAUCAAAGUAGACAUGAUGCAAAACUGCAAAUGUCCGCAAGCCAUCUCUGGCUGACACAUUUGCUUACAGGUAUUGAGUCAAUUUAAAACUUGCACAAGACAGUCUACAGAAUUGUCCAUUUAAAGAAAUUUAGCCGAUUUAUUUAUUACAACAUUUAGGUAACAUUAGAUAGUUAAUCCAGAGAUUUUUACCUUUGCCUUGAUUCGGCAGUCUCGUCCGGAGCAUCAUGGCAUUUGUUCUUUAUGAAUACCACAUUAGCAGCUAAUUAGCAUUUAAUUUUUGCGGGUAAAACAGGCGAAUAUAUUAAUAAAAGUCAGCUUGUCCUAGAAUGAUUUACAGGAUUACCAAAUAGUCACCAGGGUAAUCCUACACAAAACAGUCUUUAUUUUUAAGUGUUCCUAAAAUACCCUACGCUAUAGAGGAAAGUAAAUUGUGGAAAAAUGAGUGGAACCAUUUCCCUGUUUGACCGCUAGGUUUUUAUUUAAAAGGUAGCCUAUACCUGCAAAUAAGUGGUCAAUUAAGUCUAUUUGAAAGGGGGGUCAUCUAAAUAUCACAUCUUCUGUUUUGAAUGGGGUAUGUUUCAUGAAGAUUAUCAAGCAAACAUCUACUCCUCGUCUGAUUGGUUAUAGUCAGCAGUGGCCGCAUUACGUUUUCAAAAAAUUGGCAAGAGCUGAACUUUUAGAACCCGCUCUGCUAGCAGCGGUCUUGUCGCCCAUGUUCCCACAAUCCUCCGCACAUUUCACGCGUGCAAUCAUUGAAAAUGAAUGUAUCCAACGUCAAGCCAAGGACACCAGCGUACCAAAUUGAGUGUGGAACUCAGAGCUCAAACGGCUACUUAAGGUACUCGCGCGGUUUCAAGAUUCAGUGAGGAGAAUAGAAACAUCAAAGGCUUUUCAAAUUGAAUCGAUUUAAAACGAUAUGGCAAAAGGAGAGGGCGCGGAGCAAUAUGCCGCGGCAAGUCUAUUACCAACAAAACCAAUAAGUCAAGAUGGAAUCAAAAUUGCCAAGCGGAGGGACAACAAUGGCCGUCUGUCAAUGUGCAGUAAGUUGUGCUAUGCCAUCGGAGGGGCUCCCUACCAGAUCACAGGCAGCGCGCUGGGCUUCUUUCUCCAGAUCUACCUGCUGGAUGUGGCCCAGCUGGACCCAUUAUAUGCCUCUAUCAUCUUGUUUGUGGGCCGGGCCUGGGAUGCAGUGACGGACCCAACGGUGGGCUUCCUGGUUAGUCGGAGCAGAUGGACCAGGUGUGGCCGGAUGAUGCCCUGGAUCCUCAUCUCCACUCCGUUUGCAGUGCUCACCUACUUCCUGAUCUGGUAUGUCCCUCCGGUGGAGCAGGGGAAGGUCCUGUGGUACCUGGUCUUCUACUGCCUCUUCCAGUCUCUGCAGACGUGCUUCCAUGUGCCGUACUCAGCGCUCACCAUGUUUAUCAGCAUGGACCAGAAAGAGAGGGACUCUGCCACUGCCUACCGUAUGACAGUGGAGGUGCUGGGAACAGUGGUUGGCACAGCAAUCCAGGGGCAGAUUGUGGGCGGGGCGAUCGCCCCCUGUCUCCCAGGUGACCUGGAUGUCCUUGACAACGGUAACUCCACACUGAUGGGGUCAGACUUCAACAUCACCCACAUCUCCCUAGAUGAAACGAAACAAGCCUACCUCACCGCCUCAGCAGUCAUCUGUACCAUGUACGUUCUCUGUGCUACAGUCCUGUUCCUGGGAGUCAGAGAGCAGGAAGAGUGUGGGCGUCUGAAGACAGAACCCAUGUCGUUCUUAGAGGGUGUGAGGAUGGUGAUGGGAUAUGGGCCGUAUGUCAAACUGGUCAUGGGAUUCCUCUUCACCUCGCUGGCUUUCAUGCUCCUGGAGGGGAACUUUGCCCUGUUCAUCACCUACACCCUGGGCUUUAGAAAUGACUUCCAGAACAUUCUGCUGGUCAUUAUGCUCUCUGGGACUUUGUCCAUUCCAUUCUGGCAGUGGUUCCUGAUCCGAUUCGGGAAGAAGACUGCCGUCUACAUUGGCAUCACGUGGGCAGUGCCCUUCAUGAUCCUGAUCGUCUGCAUAGAAAGCAGUCUCAUUGUGGCCUAUGUGGUCUCUGUGGCUGCAGGAGUCAGUGUGGCUGCAGCUUUCCUCCUACCUUGGUCAAUGCUUCCAGAUGUGGUGGAUGAUUUCAAAGUGAAGAAUCCAGACUCUAGUGGCCACGAGGCCAUUUUCUACUCCUUCUAUGUCUUCUUCACCAAGUUCGCCUCAGGAAUAUCCCUCGGCAUCUCUACUCUCAGUCUAGACUUUGCCGGCUAUGUGACCAGAGGCUGCUCGCAACCCGACGCAGUGAAUUUAACGCUGAAGGUGCUGGUCUCUCCUGCUCCUGUUGUUCUGAUAUUCCUGGGGCUGUUUAUAUUCAAGACCUACCCCAUCGACGAGGAGAGGAGGCAAGGCAACCGGAAACUACUGCAGGAGAUGCGGGAGAGCGAUCAGGAUUCCGAGACAGAGUCCACAGAGCUUGGGAGCGUUGUAUAGGAGCCCCGGGAGAGAAGGGCGACCAACCAAAAGGCCAACGCUGUCCUGCGUGUUUGCAUUGGCAGGCUGGAGUGAUGAGGCCACUGGGGAGCCUGGACUGAGUUUUGGGUUAAGCUGGACUAACAGAGGAGAAACCACAGACCACACUACUGCUAUAUGAACACAAUGGCCCUGGUCUCCACAGGAUUCCACAGGUUACAGAGACCCCUAGUGGACAUUUUGAGUCAUCGCUCUCUGUAGAGUACCUACUGUACUGUACUGUACUAUGUAUGUGAUUCGUGGUACUGGUUUAUCGGUUUUGUUUGUUUACAUGACAAACAUUAGUUUGGGAUUGUUAAUCAUGCAUUUACCCAUCAAAUUCAAGAUAUUUUUUAAUGAGAUGUUUGUCUACCUGAACCAAGGAUAUUAGGUCAAAGGGUGGGAAAGCUUUCUCUGCACUAAAACAAUACUUUCCAAUCAGCAGGAUGGUCCUCAUAGAGGGAAGAUUCCAGCAUUCAUUUUUUUGGGGCAUAUCAGUAACUGCACUGGAUUUAUAUGGUUAUUUACAACAACAAAAAAUAAAUAAACUAAUUUCAAGAGGAUAGUACUCCUCUUUAGGGA